GUUUCAGCUAGUGCAAUCAUAUGAUUGUACACUAGUCGUACUGUUCGUGUGUUGUGUAAAUGUUAGUCGUGAAAUAGUAUUUUUAAUUAUUUAAUAAUAUUAUAAUUGUACAGCGUCUUAAAUACGAACGAAUUAAGAAUAAAAUGGCACGAUAGGUUGUAUCCAUUUUCUUGUACCGUGACAAAAUCAUAUAGAUCUCAUGAAAAUGACAAGCAAAGAUGAAGAGACAUUUUGUAAAAAAAUGCAGAAAGCCACUAGAGAAAUUCAUUCAAUUAGCGACGCAUUAGUAAAUGCAAAAUUAGCGUUUGGUUUUCUCGAGGAUUCUGUAUGGGCUGAUGGUCUUUUGGUUUUCUAUGAAAUUUUUCGAUAUUUGGAACUUGCUAUGAUUAGGUGCAAACAUACAAAAGUAGGAUCACUUUUACAGGACGAACUUCGUCGUACCGAGGCGUUUGAACAUGAUCUUGAAUUUUAUUUGGGGAAAGAAUGGACAAAAAAUUAUAGUCCUAGGGACAGUGUUACCAAAUAUUUGAACCAUUUAAAAGAAAUCGAAAAUACGGAACCCAUUUUGCUGAUUGCAUACAUUUAUCAUCUGUACAUGGGUCUUCUAAGUGGUGGGAUUAUUUUGCGCAAAAAAAGACAAGUUAUGCAAAAAAUUUGGCCAUUUAAAGGAUCUCGAACGAUUGUUAAUAAUAUUACAGACUUUGGAAACAGUAAUAUUUAUGAACUUAAACGAAGUAUGCGCGAUAAUAUGAACAGUAUCGCAGAAACGUUGGACGAAGAUACAAAAAAUAAACUUAUUGAAGAAAGUAAAACGGUGUUUGCAUUAAAUAAUGAAAUUAUAAGAAGUGUAGAAGGUACAGGCACUGUCCUUAUGAAAAAAACCAUGUAUUUUGUUAUCCCUAUUAUGAUAUUUCUUUUAGCCUUUUGUAUAUCUUUGAAGAAAGUAUGAUAAAUAUAUAUCCGUUUUAAACGUA